CAAAGCAUGCAAGACACUUCAAGGAGCGUGAGAGACGGUCAGCUGGUUCGCACAACAACAGCGAGAAGAGUGUUCCCCUCUGUUCUCCUUGUAUCCUAGGUGCAAAACUAGAGUCUUGCAAUAGUGUUCUAGCAAGUCACCAAUCUUCUCAGCACUUAUCAUUGUUCCUCUCUAAAGACCCGAUGAGUUCUGCUUCAUUAUAGCUUCAGUCGUGCCAAUCGUUAGACAAUCCGCUUCCCUAGCCGGGGAUUUGAAGACUACCUUAGUGCUCUUCAAUCACGGUGCAUCUUCAUUUCUACCCGUGAAACCAGAUUGGAAAGAUAGAUUCAGGUAUGGACGCACGGAUUACAAACUGUUUGCUUGGAAUCUUCUGCAUUUGGUUGACAUCUUGGGUUGCUGUGAUCUCGGGCGAAGUAGACGUUGUCUCGCUACCUGCACCCCUUUCAACACUAACUGCAGACGCCAGUGAAAGCCUUAGCAGUAGGAUCUAUAUGUCCUAUCCUUAUGGCGACGUUCCACUGAGACUAGCUUUCAGUCCACGAACCACUGUACUUAUCAAGGAUAACGUCCACAACGAGCCCCUCGAACGUGUUGUGUUAUUUGUUUUGGAUACCGAAAAUGUUUCACAAUGUAUAAUAAUGGGUUCUUACUUUUCAACCGAAACUACAUUGCAGAGCUGGAAUUUCAAAACGUUUUUGGCUACUUUACCAGGUGGGUACCCUAGAUGUCUUUGCCAGCAGACGAUUCAGCCCAGUGUGACAACAUCACCAGAUCGGCGAAUCUUAGUCUUCUAUGGUUUUGGGGCGGGUCAAUGCUCCAAGUUCAUCGUUCUUUACAAUGGUAUUACAACCAUCACCAGUGUACUAACCACAACAGGCGAGGACGUUCCAUGGGCAUUAUCACCUGGUCUUGUUACCAUACCGAUCAAUACGUCAUCGUCGAUGUUCACACUCAUAUCAUACGGAGGAUCACAUUGUAACAACUUCAGCGACAGUGAAUGUGUUCGCUUCUCCACGGAUAUCUUCCAGAUCACAAUCGACAUAUCGGACACAUCGGUACCAGCACAGUGGAUAAAAUCGGAGCAUCAGAGAGAAUAUAACGGUACUAGCUCUCCUAGCCCCAGAGCAAACCCCGCUCUAAUAUCUAUAAAUGAUUGCCAGUUAUUGAUGUUCGGUGGAGUGGAAGCACAUGGAUCUUCCCAACUCAUCCAGAUGCGAAUGUUGAAAGAUUUCUGGAUUUUUAAUAUUGAACAAGGGAAAUGGCUAGAACUGCCAUCCAAUUUUCCAACGAUUUACUCUCCUGUGGGCGAUAUGAGGAUGAUGAGGGAGUUCUUUAAUAACGUGCAGGUUGCUUAUUUCAGCGCCUUCCGAACACUGAUUGUGGCAUACUCUGUUCCGCAUGGUCCGUUUAUCUUGUAUCUGUGUGCAGUACCAACCCAAGACAUUGACCGAGUUCACUGCGAAGCGAAAGGGAAACUUUCAGAAUUGUUGAUAGAGAACUAUCCAUACGACAUCCCUUGGUUUUCAUUGUUGUCUAGCCCAACCGACGAAUUCCACAUCGUGUUUCAAAGAAUAAGAAGCACCAAAAGUUUUGCCUUGAAGCCAUGCGCCCAUUACAAACCCAACAGGUCCCAGCUAUCGAUUACGGGAAAGCCAGAUGUUGAUGUUCGAAGUCAUUUUCCAGGCUUCCAGGGGUGCAGUUCAGCACGUCCUUUGUCUAUACCCUUUUCCCAAAGUAUUUCAAUAUACAUUUUUAUUGGUUCGAACUGUCCAGAGAGAAGAACAGCCAAUUCUCAUAUUCGCUUUACUACUUGGCAGAGACCAUCCCCUAUUGUUGUUUGGCACCUUCUAUACGACCGUUUCGGAAAAUCAACAAUAGUUGCCAAGCAUCCUUCACCAUCGCCUCUGCUUUAUACUCGCUGGGGCUUCACAUUCACAUCCGUCCAGCCAUUCAUGGGAAUUCUCUAUGGGGGUUCACAGUUAAUAAACAAAAGUUAUCAUUACCCUAGUUCUAAUUGGUGUUUGUAUAUCCAGGUUGAUAGUAAAGCUCGAGAUUCCACAGUCCACUGGCGACGCCUUACGACACAUCCAUCCCAGCCCAAACCUAUGCCGCGAGAAGACCAUGUGGCAUUCAGGCACAAGAGGGCACACUUCAUGAUACAAGGUGGAAAUAACCGGACACAGGUUUACAGCGACUUAUGGCUACUGCAGAUGACAGAUGAACAGUCGUGCUCGGGUACGUGGACCCAACUGACUGAUAAUGUUUUCGGCGAGAAACUGCCUCGUCAGUACGGUCAUUCAGCCACUACGUAUGGUGACGACAUCAUUCUGUUUGGUGGGAACUAUGUAUUCAGUGAAGAAAGUCCAAGAGGCAUCAAUAACACAAAUGACAUUGGAGAUGGUUUGGCAAUGACUGAUCACGUGUUGUUGAUGUCGAUGAAAAACCUUUCUUUCAUUCUUCUCCGCAAAAUUCCUUUGUCACAGCCAGUUCCCAUGCGCUUCUACCAUUCUUUGUCUUCGUACAUGAACAAUUCAUUUUUACUACUAGGCGGAUUUUUUGCUGACAGACCGGGUUCAUUGUCUCGUGGAGACACGAGCGCUGCAUUUCUUUUUCAAUUUCGUGAAGUCGGAGCGAUCUCUACAGUUAGAGUUAUACACUUUUUCAAUUUCGGCAUCUAUGGCCAACAUGUGAUCGAUGACCUUGUCUUCUCAGGUGGACUUGGUUACGCUCCCUUUGGUAUAUAUCGGGCAAAACAAAGUUUAUAUUUUCUGACAUUGAACAGUUUGGAAAAUUGUCCUUUGGGCUAUGGAUACUCGGAACACCGUUCCUGUGAGCCCUGUCCUGUAGGGUACUACUCGUCAGCUAUUGUUGUGAACUGUACGAGAUGUCCUGGUGAUUUGACGACGCAAGGUAUUGGAGCCUGGAAAUGCGAUACCAUAUGUAUGGACGGCUACUGCCAUGGCCACGGUACAUGCAAGCUGGAUAGAGAUGACAAGAAGUAUUGCGACUGCAAGUUUGGAUACCUGCCGUCCGACAACUGCCGAACACCCGUAGUCUACCUUUCUCAAAUGGCAGCCGUUAUAUUUUCCUUCGUACUUUCUUUGUGCGUUGCGUUCCUCGUGAAUUUCAUUCGAAAGCGUCGCGACUUGAUGAAUACAGAAAAGGAGUUGCAAAUCCAACAUGUUCAUCUCCAAAGGUCCCUGAGGAAACUUGCAGAACUGAACCGUGGAGCGAGAAUGCAAUGGAGGGACUUAAUAAUCAGCAAAAAACUAGCAUCUGGGAAUUACAGUAAGGUGUAUCUGGCAAAGCUCAGUGACAUGGAUGUUGUAGUCAAGAAACUUCCCAAGUGUUUCAAUCAAACGCGUUGGCGCGCAUCGCCCUUUGACACCUUCUUAGAAGAGGCUGAGAUACUGCGAUCAAUGUGCCACCCAAAUAUUGUACUCUUUCUUGGAGCAGGCCAGGACACAGCGGACAAUUGCCCAUUCUUGGUUAUGGAGUACUUACGACGAGGUUCCCUCUACGACAAUCUGCAUGAUCCAAAAGUCCAACUGGAACAAGAGGAUAUGCUUCGGUUUGCUCUUGACAUCGCUCGUGGUAUGCGAUAUCUGCAUAGCUCUAAUCCUCCACAGAUUCACCGUGAUCUAAAGAGUCCAAAUCUAUUGGUCAGUGACAAGUGGGUGGUGAAAGUCGGAGACGUAGAGUUCACGAGAUAUCUUGCACUCCUGGAAAGUGAAGAUCGCCCGCAAUCAGUGCAGGAAUCCACUAGUGGAACUCAACGCAAUGCUCCUGGGGCGUUGGUCCAACACCAGCAUGUAACAAUGGCAGACAGUGGUGAAAGGGAAACACUGUUUCAAUCACCGGUUCCUGAUUGUCAAAGCCCCUCACAUGCAAUACCUCAGAGCGGUAGCGGUGUGGAAAGUCCACUUCUGUGCGAUGAGAAAGAGUCGCCAUCUGCAAAUUCAUUAUCUGCAAAGGCUAAUCAUGGUUUGGAUACCAUGAGAACAGACGACGCCAGGAGUCCUCCACAUCACUGUUUCACGGCCUCACAGCUGCCAUCACGACAUGGAAUGACGUGUGGUGUUGGAACUGACAGAUGGAGAGCUCCAGAGACACUGACUGAAAACAGCUACACGGAAAAAUCGGAUGUUUACAGUUACGGGGUGGUUCUGUGGGAGAUAUCUACUCGUCAACUUCCCUACGCACAUUUGAAUUUCCCGGAGGACAUUCAUCAAGAGAUCAUGGAUGGAAACACGCCAGUCUUUCCUCCCACCACUCCCUACCAGUAUCGUCACCUGGCUGAGAAAUGCAUGAGCGACGAACCAUGUGACCGGCCCUCGUUCCAGCAGAUAAUUCAUCAUAUUGAAGGUCUACAAUUAUCAGCGUGACAAAAUAAUGUUGAGGUUUAUGUCUAAAAGUAGUAGUCCAAUGGCUUCCAAAAAGAAACAAUGUCUUUCGGUUCGCGUUUAUCUUGAUUGCGCUCACCUUCCUCUUCUAUUGUCAUCUCCAACUUAUAACCUUCCACACUUUGUGCUGCAGCUGAUUUCCAGUUAGGCGUAGAACGUGUGUCGUGCAAUGUUAUCACAUGAGAACGUCAGUACCGUUGGUCAGUGUCGUGCAAUGUUAUCACAUGAGCUGAUUUUAAAGUAACCGAUAGUGUAAGUGGACAUUACCGGUAUAGCGUGACUUGUAGUUCCUUCUUCCUCAUUUCUUCUUAUAAAUUUAAUAACAGGUACUGACAGGUACAUAUUUUCAUAAACAUCGCCGUUCGCUCUUGAAUUCAUCAGUAGUAGGCCCUGGGAUGACAAUACAAGAUGAGCAGGUAGACGAAAGAGCUAUGCGCUGCGACCAGUGAUGGGCUGUGACUGCCUGUUACCGGGAAAGUUCGAAAAACGUGAUAGUGUAGAUACAGUACUGAGAAAUUGAAUGUUUGUAGCAGCCAGACUAGUUAGGCAUAGAGCAAAUUUGGAAAUUACGCUUUUGUCGGAUUGAAAUGGAGAAUGAAUGAGCGUAUGAAUAGCACCCAAUAUCGUUUC